AUGCGAGGUCGCGAGGACAAGUUCUGCGUUCGAGAGCGGCUGGCCCUACGGGCUGUUGCCGGGAGUCGCGACGACGCCACACUGGCGAGCCACGUGACCCAGUGCCCCGCCGAAUUCGUCGGAGCUGUAGGGACAAAUGGCUCCGCUGCCGGUCCAUUUGGCGAUCGCGUGGACCCAGCCCGGAGCCCGGACUUACAGACGUGCCCCAAGGACCAGCUUCCUCACUGCGACGACUAUUUCGUGCGCACCGGAACAAGAGUCGCCUUGGACGAGGUGUGCCUCAAUGGACGUGGUAGGGUGGUCGUCGAUGGGCUGCUCAACCAGGAGGAGUGCGACCUUCUGCUUAAGCUGAGCGAUUCGGCAGUCGUCGGCUACGGCUACGGGUCGGGGCCACAUCCUCUCACAAAGAAUGAACUGUUCGUCGGUAUCAGCGCGCUUCAACUGAUAGAUCGCUUACGCCUGUCCCUGGAGAAUGCCACGGCGAGCAGACUCCUGUUCUUGGCUUCCCGUAAGACUCGUCUUAUCACGGAAGCGUACUUCCGGCUUAAGAGGAGGCUUUACAUGCACCUUGUUCACCUUCAGUGCCGGAUCGCGAUGCCGAACUCCACGGCGCGCCGGAGAGACAUGAGUCACACCAUCCACUCGGACACCUGCGACUUUGCCGACAAUGCCACCUGCAACAUCCCCGAUCACAAGGAAUCUCUGUCCUGGCGCGACUACAGCGCAGUGAUCUACUUGAACAGCGACUUUCACGGAGGCCAAACCGUGUUCACCAAGACGCCUCGCACGAGCAUUCGGGCCAUCGUGAGACCCAAGUGCGGCCGCAUGGUGUCGUUCGCGAGCCAGACGGCGCACGGUGUGCUGCCGGUGUUCACCGGCAAGCGAUGCGCCUUGCUCGUCUGGAUGACGCACACCCGCCGGAAGGAAGAAGAACACAGAGCCGAGCUCGACAGCGUGCUGAGGGACAUCGACGGCCGCGUGCGGAACGUCUCGGAGCGCGACGACCGCUGGGAUCUUCUCUGGCAAAUGGAAAGGGACUGACUACUUGGCCGAAACGUCGUCGGAACGGCCAUGCUUCUGUAGACUGCCCGAUAUUUAAGACAGGUCGUGACAGUAGGUGAAGGGGCUCUUCUGCGCGCCCGCAUGUCCGCGGCGACGCGUCGCCGUUUUGCGUAUCGAAACACGAGUCAGAAGAAAACGUCUUUGUUACGCUCUUCCGGCAUUCCACGUCACUUACGUUUCAGGAUAUUUUAAACUGUCCUAGAAGUUUGUUUGCGAUUAUCAUUUUUUUAAGAUACAGUUGCACACGAGCUUUCUUUUUUAAAUGGACCCGGAUAAACUGAAAUAGUUUCGAUAUCGAACAUGGGGAAUUUACUGACCUAUAUUGGUGUAAAUAAAUCUCUCAAAACGAACUGGACAUUGGGUACACGGAACACGUGGUGUCGGCUGCCAGCACUCUCAAGUCUUUAAUGUGUGUUGUUGCCACUGGGAGAAGGGACACAUUGAGGGGUAUGAGAGCUUUGAGCGCGAAGUCGGAUUACUUAACGAAGCUUGCUUAGCCAUGCAAAUCUAUAACUAUAAUUAAAGUUCUCUCGCUCUGAUGGUAGGGGCUAGUCAGAUAAAGCACUAGCAACAAACACAGCACUGCACGCUUGUAAAAGAUGGAUAAAUAAGUUGCGGUUGUACCCUUGUGCUAAUUAGAGCAUUCUUUUCUCUCACGAAGGAGACUAUGCCCGCGAAAAAGAAAAGUCGAAACGUACGCAUGCAUACGAAAUCUACGUUCUCUAGAGCAACCUGCUCUAGAGCUCGUACUCUAGAGCAACCAG